ACUUUCUAGAAUGUAAUGUGUCGGGCUGUAAAGGGCAGUGCAUGUAAGUCUGUUGUAUCUUUGAGUUGUUAUAAUCUGCAGUGUUUUUCUUGGAUAUCUGAGGGUUCGAACGAAACUUUGGAAUUCUCAAUCUUCUUUGUUGCUCGUAAAAACAAAAUUUUUGAUGCCCCAAACAAAGAAGCUGUGUUGAAGACGUGCCAAGAAGCCUUCCUGUACAGAGACCGAAGGAACGUUCCUGAUGCUGUACUAGAUAGGGUUGCACAACAGUACAACGUCAGUAAGGUGCAGGCCAGUAAGCUACUGAAGGCAGUUGGGACUCUCAUGAAGAAUGCAGUGUUCCAGGGCUCUACAGAUCCUGCCGACCUUAUAAAACUCUUCCCAGAUGACUUUCACAAGAGUUUACGUGACCUGCUAGCGAAGAUCAUGAUAGAGAGCAUGGCAUCCUGGAAGUCACAGGCAGUCAAUAAUCAGGUGUCACUGCCGCGCAUGGUUGAUUUUGAUUGGCGUGUAGACAUCAAGACGUCAUCGGAUUCCAUCGCAAGGAUGUCAGUGCCAACAUGUCUACUGCAGAUGAAGGUUCAAGAUAACCCGUUACGAGUCGACCAGGUGCCAAAUGUUUCCAAUAUUAGCGUAGAAUUGUCCAAAGAAACCCUAGACACUAUGUUAGAUGGACUGUCAAAGAUUCGAGACCAGCUGUCAUCAGUAGCGAACAGAUAGCAUUGACUGAUUGCUCUUAUUUGUGUCCAUUUAUUACUUUUGUUACAUAUUGGCUGCCAUAGUCAGAAAUGAUUGGUUGUUCAUUUUUUAUACUUAAAAGAUUAAUUGUAUUUAUAAAUUUUACUGCAGUGAAUAGGCCCAAGCGUUUUAAUUAAUCUUAUAUUCAGGGAUAAAUGUAUAAAAUUAAUUAAAGGAACUACAUGUAUAUCUAAGCCAUAUACUUCAGAAGUCAAAACCCCCAAUGAAUAUUAUGAAUAAAGCUCCUAUUUUUUUUGCAGGUUUAUGUUACGAUCUUAAAGGUACUUUUUUUUACAGAUUGUCAAAAUGACGGAUUACAAUUUUAUACCAUAUCUUCAAAAAAUAAGAAAAAUAUUUACAUUUGUCUAUGAAAUAAAGUUAAUAAUAAUAAAAUAAUUAUAAUGCAAAUAUAAAGUGUUGCAAAUGCAAAAUAAUUUGGGGUGAUUCUAUUGUUUUUCAUUGUAUUUUGUAACCAACUGUGGAUUGCUUAUAUGAAGUAUAAAAUGACUGAUAACCUGAAAUUAUUUACAUGUCAAACGACAAAAAUCAUAUUCUUUCCCGCAAUUCUUUCAUCAUUUCUUUAAAAGCGUGGACGUUGAUGUAUGAUAAACAGUAAACCAGGCUACUGCCUGAUUGAUUUGUAAUAUACAAUUAUCAGGCUCGGCAUGAAUACAAUAACGGCGAGACUUGUUAUAUUAUUCCAAGCCUUGCUUACAAAAAGAUCAGGCAGUAACCUGUUAUUCUCUAUAUUGUAUAUUUUAAUUGUUUGUAAAUCAUGUAAGACAAUGGACCUUAUGGCUUUAUUGAAUGUUUAAAGACAAUUCAGAAAGGCUGGACUUCUUUGUUUUGAUGGAAAUGCCAUGUAAAAUCAUGUGUACUUUGUCAACAGUGUUUGACAGACUUUCAUGCCAGGAGUCAUUGUUAUAAAUCCAACAAGUGAAGCAUCAAAUAUAAUAUUUUGCUGGUUGUUUAACUUUAAUGUUGUUAAAGUCUUUAAUUAUAUAUAUAUAUAUAUAUAUAUAUAUAUAUAUAUAUAUAUAUAUAUAUAUAUAUAUAUAUAUAUAUAUAUAUAUAUAUAUAUAUAUAUACUUGUCAAAAUACAAGCACUUUUUAAAAUAGAUAUUUAUAAAUUGUUAUUCAGUUAUGUCUUCUCAAAAUUCUAAGGCCUUGUUAAAAAAACACAUGCCCAAGUCACUAACUUAAUUGAUUGAUAUUAACAUUUUUGAGUUGAAUGUAUUGUAUAAAAUAGUGUUGAUGUUAUGUAGUUCAUAUAUAACAUUCAAUCAAAUGUCUUGUUAAUUUUUUUUAAUGAAAACACGUUAUUGCAAUAUAAACAGAUCAGCUUUAGCUAAACAUUUAAAAAUUCUGGAUACAUUUUGAGAAAACAGGGCCUUGUACUAAAGUGUUAAGUCUAAAGUGUGGUUUGAAUUAAGCUGUGCAAUAAAGUUUCUAAAAACA